AUGUGUCUUGAAAUAGUUAUAACUUUGGUUUGUUUAUUACUAACAACUUUAUUUGGAUUCUAUGUAUUAUUAUUAAUUUUAAAAAUUCUAACAGACACAGAAAUUGUAAUGUGCAACUGUAAAACAAGUCUAGAAGGUAAAACUGUUCUAGUGACCGGCGGAAAUUCAGGCAUCGGCUUCGAAACAGCAAAAAAUCUAGCCCAGCGUGGUGCAAGGGUCAUCAUAGCAGAUGUUACGAACGCUGAAAAGUCAGUCGAAGAAAUCAUCAGAUUCACGGGCAACGAAAAAGUAGAAUACCGAUAUUUGAAUCUCGCUAAUUUCAAAAGCGUUAAAGUUUUCGCUGAAGACAUUAAUAAAACAAUAGACCAUUUGGAUAUUUUGGUUAAUAACGCUGGAUGUUUGAUGGAUAACAAAAUUACAGAAGAUGGAAUAAAUACGAUAAUGCAAGUUAAUUACUUGGGACCGUAUCUACUAACUAAACUGAUUUUAGCAAAGCUCAACAAAACGCAAAGCCGAAUAGUGAACGUAUCAUCUGGGAUGUAUUUCUGUGGUGAAUUAGACUUGCAAGAUUUAGCAGGAUUGAAACAGAAUAAUUUUGUCGAAUCAUACAACAAUAGCAAACUCUGUACUGUUCUGUGGACGAAGGCGUUGGCCAAGACGCUGCCCACAAAUGUGUCAGUGUUCUGUCUACACCCAGGCAUGGUGGCAACAAAUAUUGUUGGUUUCAUAAAAGGCCCAAUCGGUACAUUUCUUAAGAAAUGCUCAACCUUGAUAGUAAGAAAUCCGUAUGAAGGUGCCCAAACGAGUAUUCACCUCUGUGUGGCUCCAGAUAUAGAAGCAUUGUCUGGAAGUUAUUUUUCGAAUUGUAAAGUGGCAACUACGACCAAAAUUAUAAACGAUACUAAUAUGGAUGGUUUGUGGAAUGAAACUGCUCUCUUUUUGAAAGAAGAAAUUAAUGGAUAA